AUGCCCCUGUUCGGCUGGAUGAAAUGGUCCAAUGAAUCGAGGGUGCAGGCUCAGGAUGAAGUGUCGGGGGUCGUACCCAGUCGCAUGUUGAUCAGAGAGCUCCUUUGGCAUGUGGAGGAACGUGAACAUCUGGCAAGGGAGCUGGAGCGCGAGCACAGGUUGUCCCACAGCGCCCUGGGUCUCCAUUGGUUUCAGAAAUACCCCAGGUUACGGACCCUCAUCCCCACAUCAGAGUUACACCAGCUGGAGUUUCUGUGUGCCCAGAUCCCACCCAUCCACGCAGCCACUGUGCUCUCCAGGUUUCGUGAGGUGCUUGCUACUAACAACAUUAUGCCCUGGGAAUUGGCGUGUGUCUUCAAGAAGGUUCUGAGCGACUUCUUGAGCCAGAAGGAACAUGAUGAAGAGGAUGACCUCUCAGUGAAGCCAGCACACAACCGACCAAUGGAGGCAUGGACCAGCCGCUACAUAAUGAAGCAGGGCUUUGUCACACCCACUGUCCCAAACUGUGGAGACAACCCAAGGGAGGAGAUCCCAACAAUCUCGGGACACGUGGAUAGGGCCAUGCGGCACUCCAGUUCGUUCACAGGGUCCAACAGGGACUGGGACCUUCCAUACAACUACCCAGUUUCUCUCAGGCCCAAGGCACCAUACAGCACUACACUGUGA